GGCGGGGGAAGCCUAAUAACGCUUGCAAAUCAGGACAGCUCCGAGAAGUUUGCUAAAGAGUGGGAGGAACACUCAGAAGUAUGGAAAAUAUCACAUUGCCUUCUGGAAAAGUUGAAUAGACAUGACCUGUGGUGAUUUACUUGACAGACGAAUCAAACAAUAUGUUCAAGAGUUGCAUUUUGAAGAAUCGAUCCAGGUUUGAUUGGCCAACACGCCUCGUGAUGCGAAGACCGUUUCAACUAUUUUAAAGCGGUAAAACUUAAGAGAGCACCGUAGGAGUUUGACAGGCACCUCAGUUGAUGUUGUUUGCUUUCAAUUAUUUAAAUUGUUUAAGGUUGACAGUGCCAUACAUCUGCUAACCUUGAACGACUUAAUAUAAUGGUAAGGUUAACGUACACGUGUUCGGUUUAGAAAUUAGUCUCCUUUAUUGUUUUAACAUGACUUUAUAAGGUUAGCUAUAACAGGCGCUAUAGCACGUUUACAAAUGACAUAAGGCUGUUGUGGAAAGGACUGUGCGCAACAAGUUUUGAACGUUUGGCUUAGGAGAACUUCCAACAAUGCAAAAGUUUAAUACGACGAACAGCAGCACGGCGACCCGGGACGCUGAACUUCAGCAACGGCUAGCCGAUAACGGGGCAGCUGGGGAGCCCAUGAGAGGGAAUGGGAAGAAGCACAUACUAGCAGAACCUGCGGACAAUACAUUCUGCACCAAGAGAAAGAUGCUGGUCUGCUUGGACAUAAUUUGUUUGUUCGUAGCCUCCAUCCCAUUCUUCGCCUGCGAGCUGAAGGCGGUGAAGCCCUACAAUAGAGGCUUUUUCUGUGGCGACCCCUCCAUCACCUACCCCUACAUCGAGCGCGAGGCCAUCCCGGACGGACUACUCAUCGCCGGAGGCAUCAUCAUCACCGGUCUUACGAUUGCGCUGGGCGAGUGCUAUCGGGUCCGCUUCCGGGGCGUCCACUCGCGGGCCUUCGUCCAGAACCACUACAUCUCCUGCCUCUACAAAGAGCUGGGCAGCUUUCUGUUCGGCUGCUGCGUGGGCCAGUCGCUCACCAACAUGGCCAAGCUGAGCGUUGGCCGGCUCCGACCCAACUUCCUGUCGGUGUGCAACAUCACCUACGAGUCCAUCAACUGCACCCCAGGGCAGUACAUCAUGAAAGCAGCCUGCAAGCAGUCCAACGAGAAGUUGGUGGAAGAGGCCAGGAAGUCCUUUUUCUCUGGCCACGCAUCUUUUGCCAUGUACACCAUGCUCUACCUGGCGUUCUACCUGCAGGCGCGGUUCUCGUGGCGUGGUGCUCGGCUGCUGCGGCCCCUCGUCCAGUUCCUUCUGGUCAUGCUGGCCGUCUACACGGGCCUGAGCCGCAUCUCAGACUACCGCCACCACCCCACCGACGUCAUCGCAGGCUUCCUACAGGGGGCACUCACCGCAUACUGGGUGGCUUUCUACAUCUCCUCCAUGUUCAAAAACUGCCGCAACGACCUGACUCCCACCAGCAUGUCCCUGGAGAGCCCCCUGUCCAGCCAGCAGACGGUCUGCUAACAGCUGACUCCCUGACCCAAAGCCGAUCCGAAGCAGAAAGCAGUUGCGAGGGUUGCCAAGGUGAAGAUGAGAGAAGAACAAGAAGAAGAGCCCUGGGCGGAGAGAUGCGUAGGGAGGCGUGGGUUGGAGAGACUGUAUCAAAUAUGUAUGUUCAGAAUGCACACCGUUGACUCACCCGAAGGCAGCCACACGUCCUUCAACUCUUUGAAAACACCUACAGUACACUUGCACACAGAAGGCUCCAUUCAAGUGAAAUCUAAACCAACCCGUCCACCCUGUGAUUAUACAUGGUUUAUUUGUAUUAUUUUAUAUGAACACAGAAAUCUGUUUUCACUGAGAGAAAAAAAACAAAAAUAGAAAAUGUUUUGUGGAUGAAGCUGCUAACGAUAGACUCCUCGCCAACCGUUUGAAGCUGUUGUUGUUGUUCUUGUACCAUGUUGAUUGUUGUUACCAUGGGCUGGAUAAGUCACUGGUAGCCUCUCUUGCCUGAAAAGAAUGCAAUUCUCAGAAUCCUCAUUUCUCUCACUGAGAGGCUGAACCCUCAGCCUUGACUUCUCUUUACGGUUGACUGUUGCGCUUGUGCGAAUAGGUCAUCAUCAGCAAUGACCAGAUCUUUAAACCUGCAGAACCAGCCUCUAGAACUGAAGGUGCUGACAAAACAAUCGGUUGGGAUUUUAUGUGAUGGGUCCUUAGGCCAGGGAGGGCGCCGACAUUGGACCAGCCCAUUUGAGAGUCUGCCCAGUGGUUUGAUUGCUCUCUCCACUCACCCCAGCCCACCCCACCCCGCUUUUCAGAUUGUCACUGAAUGACCAUAGAAGUAGCCACUGGCACUGACACAAACAGCACAUGUUCAGACCUUUACUUUAUUCUGUCGUUUGUUCGUUUAAGUUUGUUUCUUAAUUUGCUUUCAUUUUCAUUUUUUUCUUUCUUUUUUUUUUUCUUUUUCUGUGUUGUUGAGUUCCGUCUUUGUUAGUGCUGCAUACGGAGGAAGAGUUAGUUCAUUAGAGGACCUCGUUGGUCGGGGUGUCUUUUUGUCUGUCCUGUCGUUAACCACUCUUUUACUGCACCUCUGAAGCAGAGCUGUGACUGAAUAGAGCCCUGAACACAAGCCUGACCCUCCACUGACAUUUACCCCUUGACCUUUGCCCUAAGAUCAUUUGCUUUAGAGCAGAACAGUUCAGUUCAGGGCAAACCCCUAUCUGGGACAACCUGUGUAUUACUCUAUAGCACUUGAACUACAUAAAGGAACAUUAUAGUUUGUAAUAUGUAUAUUAUAUAUAUUAUAUAUAAAAAUAUAUUUUAUCUCCUGUUUUAAUAUUAAUUAGUGUUCUCUUCCUAUUUGGUUUUGUCCAUACUUCUGUACGUUUAUGUUUAUGUUUUUUUUCCUCAAUGUUAAUUGUCCUGAAUGAAUGUAAAUAUCUUCUUUUAUAAACCACCCAGAAUUUCAAAAGUAUUAGAUCUUGUUUUUGUUAUAGUUAUGUUUUACGUGUUACGUGUGUUUGUCUUUCUGUGUUGAUCAGGUACGAAAAAGUUGCUUCUGUUCUAAUAUUAUAUAGUGACUGAGCCAGAGUUAUAUCAAAAAGCUAUAUUCUUUUAUGUCUAGUUUUGUUAUGUUUGUAUUUGUGUUCCCUGUGAAGGCCAUUCAGGCAAAAAUAACCACUGUAUUGAAAAAAAAAUACCAAACCAAUAAAAUGAAUGUUUCACCUUUA